AUGUGGAAAAUCGCUUUGCUAUUGGCUAUCGGUUGCAUAUGUGUGGCUAGCCAGGCCACGACGAGGGCCCCGAGGGGCUCAGACGUUUGCCGGCGCCUGAACGAUAGGUGUCUGCGCAAUCAGGACCGCCUGGGAACUACCAACGAUGUUACGCAGAUCUAUAAUAGCAAUUGUCGCAGGAGUCAGGCCAACUGGCGCGAUAUCUCCCGAUGCGAUUUGGCUAGAGCCACCUGUCAAUUGACUAUAGUGCGAUGCGGGACACUUUCCUGUGACAAUGUGAGAAGAGCCCUUCAGUCCGGCCCAACCCGACGUCCAACUCGGCGCACUCCACCCACUCCACGUACCCCACGUACCCCAACUCCACGGACCCCACGCCCCACACGAACUCCUCGCCCCACACGUACUCCCCGCCCUACACGAACUCCGCCCACACCGCGAACCCCAACUCCCCGCACUCCUCGCCCCACGCGUACUCCCCGCCCUACGCGAACUCCGCCCACACCGCGAACCCCAACUCCCCGCACUCCUCGCCCCACACGUACUCCCCGCCCUACGCGAACCCCUCGCCCAACGCCUACACCCCGCACGCCACGCCCACGGACCACUCGGCGACCCACUUCCACAGUGGCAUCUGAAUAA